CGCCCAAAAGAAUUCCCGCGGCUUAUCUCGUAGUUCAGUGUUUAGAUACGAUACGGAGGGAAGAUGAGAACUUGCUGUGCUCUUCUCUCCAUUCCUCUCUUCCCUGCAAUUACCAGAAGUAAGAUUCUUCUGUUUAACAACAAUUCCAUUUUCCAAUCCAAAAUCUAUUGCCUAAAUUCACUUGGCCUCUCAAAACGACAGUUACUGUCACAUCUCAAUGAAAAUGGAGCUACCAUCAGUGGCAGACAUUCUUCUAUUUCUUCAAAUUGCAGUGUGCCAGAGCCUUCAGAUGAUUUUGUAGUUGUCAAUUUUUAUCGCUUUGUGUUCAUCGAAGACCCACACCAGGAAGUUGCCAACCACCUAUCUUUCGUAAAGGAUCUUGACAUACAUGGCCGAAUAUAUAUGAAUGAACAAGGAAUUAACGCUCAGUUCAGUGGACCACCAAAAGAUGCUCUUGCAUAUGUUGACUGGAUAAGAGAAGAUUUCAGAUUUUCUGAUAUACUGGUUCAAGUAUCUCCAGCAGUCAAUGGACAUGCCUUCCCAAAAUUGAAGCUGCGUUAUAAGCCUUCAUUAGUACAGUUGGAAGGAGGUGUUUCACAUCUCCCUUUGUUGGACCAUUCAAUGCGAGCAACGCCUCUAACACCAUUUGAAUGGAGAAAAAAAGUGGAAGCAGCAAAAGAAAUUAAUAGGAAUUCAACACUUGGUUCAAAUUAUGUUCUAUUGGAUGUCAGAAAUGGCUAUGAGUGGGAUAUUGGUCAUUUCGUUGGAGCCCAGCGACCUGAUACAGAUUGCUUCAGGAGCACUUCAUUUGGACUAUCCCAUAGAGAGGCCAUUGCUUCAGAUCCUUUAGCAAAAGCUGAUAAAAACACCACACAUGUAUUUAUGUAUUGCACAGGAGGCAUUCGAUGUGAUGUAUAUUCUAACAUCCUAAGAGAACGGGGUUUUCAGAAUUUGUAUACCUUAAAAGGAGGGAUUUCUCAUUAUCUCCAUACAGAAGGCCCUAUGGAGUGGGUCGGGAAUUUGUUUGUGUUUGAUGACCGUCUCUCUCUUCCACCUUCUGCUUAUAACCCAGAUGCUACAACAAGAAGCAAAACUGACCGAAUAUCCAAGAACUAUUCAUUUGCUAACUGUUAUAUUUGUGGAUCACAUGUCCAUGAGCUGAAGCAUCGUAACUGUGCUAAUCUUGAUUGCAACUUGCUUUUUCUGUGUUGUACGGACUGUGUGAAGGAUUUAAGAGGAUGUUGCUGUCUGAAAUGCUCAACUGCUCCUCGGCGACGGCCUGUGCUGCCAGGAAAUCAAAGAUACCAGAAAUGGUACAAAUACCAAGAACUGGAUGUGCAAGGCAAGUUGACAGUUUAAUUUGAAGAUUAAGAAUUUGCUUGGAUAACCUUUAGUUAUUUUGUAAUCUGAAGGGGAAAAUUGUAAUCAAACUAAUCUGAUGAUUGUUUAGCUAGAAAUUUAGCUCUGUAUAAAAAUGAAAGAAAUCAAUGAAUAGCUCUGUAUAAAAAUAUUGUUAUUGUUUAUCAUUUUUCUCUCUGAUAAAAAAUAUCAUCAUUUGAAUCAAAA